AUGGACACAACUGUCAGUGAGAAGCCUCUGACAGGUUCCAUGGCGUCGGCUGCAAAGCUGUCAUUGACAGACGCGGACAAACACGACAAGACUCGACGCAUUCAGCAAGCUUGCCAUCAAAAGCACGUUAGCGUCCUGAUUGAGCUUGCGAGCUCGACUGGGGGCCUGUUGGCGGACGACUUGCGCCGCAAGGCCUGGCCAAUUCUACUGGGUUUCGCACCUGAAGAUUCAAGACCGGUCGAGCAAACGCAGGCAAAUCAGGAUCACUGGAGGACUUUACCACGUCACCCCGACGAGGAUCAAGUACAACUCGAUGUUGAUCGUGCCUUUGUAUAUUACCCUAAAGAUGAAUCCGAACAGUCACUCGAAACCAAGAAGGCAGAGCUCUCCGAUCUGAUUGUUUCGACCUUGAGAACCCAUCCCAUGCUCUCCUACUUUCAGAGCUAUCAUGAUGUCGUACAGGUUCUGUUACUGGUGCUUGGGAAGCAACAAGCCAUGGCUGCCGUUCCACGAAUCUCACUAUGUCGCCUUCGGGACUACAUGCUACCGACGAUCGCACCUGCAAGAAGACAUUUCGAGCUUGUAUCAGCUGUUGUGAAGGCAGCCGACCCCGAACUGGCAAAUCAUAUUGCUCAAGCUGAGAACAUCUUUGCGCUCUCGGCGACUCAUUCCCUGUUUGCGCACGAUAUUUACAACUACGGCGACAUUGCCAGGCUUUACGAUUUCUUGCUGGCACAUGAACCAGUUAUGAGCAUCUACUUGUUUGCGGCGGUGACAAUAUCACGGCGGUCGGAACUGCUGGAAAUGCCUCCCGACGAAUCCGACAUGCUGACGUUCGUGAUAUCCAAAUUACCACAAACUUUCGACAUCGAUGCGCGGAUCCAGGACGCCUUGGCUCUGUUCCGAGACCAUCCACCUCAGACCCUCCCUGGCUUUGUCUGGUGGCGCCUGUCACAAUACAGUGUGCUCAAGACCUCGCGACAUAUUGAACCACCUCAAAGCCUCGAAGAGGCCGAACGUUUCGGCCAGAAGCAGAUUGAACAGCUUCAGAGGCAGGAAUUGAUGGAGAAGAGAGCCCUCCUGCUUUACAAGUACAGGAAGCCGGCAACAUCCCUAGCCGCCAUGCUUAUGGUUGGAGCAUUCGCCGUCUGGGUGAGGAGGAAUGGGCAUGACAAGGUGUUCUGGUCUGUCGUCGCCACCACAUAUUCGUACCUGUCAAGACCGGGGUAG